UUGGCCGCAGUGAUCCGAUACAACAGCGACCUGGUGCAGAAGUACCACCCCUGCUUCUGGAUUGAUGGCCAGUACCUGUGCUGCUCCCAGACAGCCAAGAAUGCCAUGGGCUGCAAGAUCUUGGAGAGCAGGAAUGGCAGUUUAAAAGCUGGGCGGUCACAUCGCAAAACAAAGAAGCCUCUUCCCCCCACGCCUGAGGAGGACAUGAUGGUGAUGAAGCCCCUGCCCCCUGAACCAGCCCCCAGUGCAGCAGGAGAAAUGAAGAAGGUGGUGGCCCUGUACAACUACGUGCCAAUGAAUGUGCAGGACCUGCAGCUGCAGAAGGGUGAGGAGUACCUCAUCCUGGAGGAAAGCCACCUGCCCUGGUGGAAAGCCCGUGACAAGAAUGGAAGGGAAGGAUACAUCCCCAGCAACUAUGUCACCGAAACCAGCAAUUCCCUGGAGAUUUAUGAGUGGUACUCAAAGAAUAUCACUCGGAGCCAAGCAGAACAACUCCUGAAGCAGGAGGGUAAGGAAGGAGGUUUCAUUGUCCGAGACUCUACCAGCAAGACAGGGAAAUACACUGUCUCUGUUUAUGCCAAGUCUGCUGUAGACCCCCAAGGGAUGAUUCGCCAUUACGUUGUAUGCUGCACCCCUCAGAAUCAGUAUUACCUGGCAGAAAAACACCUGUUCAACACCAUCCCAGAGCUCAUCACGUACCAUCAGCACAACUCUGCCGGGCUUAUAUCCAGAUUGAAGUAUCCCGUGUCCCGACACCAGAAAAGUGCCCCUUCCACAGCUGGCCUGGGCUAUGGGUCGUGGGAGAUUGACCCGAAGGAUCUGACCUUCCUGAAGGAACUGGGGACGGGACAGUUUGGCGUGGUGAAGUAUGGGAAAUGGAGAGGCCAAUACAACGUUGCCAUCAAGAUGAUCAGGGAGGGCUCCAUGUCGGAGGACGAGUUUAUUGAUGAAGCCAAAGUCAUGAUGAACCUAUCUCAUGAGAAGCUGGUGCAGCUCUACGGGGUCUGCACAAAGCAGCGUCCCAUCUUCAUCAUCACUGAGUACAUGGCCAACGGCUGUCUCUUGAACUUCCUGAGGGAAACUCAGCGGCGGUUCCAGCCUGCUGAGCUGCUGGAAAUGUGCAAAGAUGUCUGUGAAGCUAUGGAGUACCUGGAAUCCAAGCAGUUUCUGCACCGAGACCUGGCUGCUCGCAACUGUUUGGUGAAUGACCAAGGGAUUGUGAAAGUCUCAGAUUUUGGCCUUUCCAGAUACGUUCUGGAUGAUGAGUACACAAGCUCCAUGGGGUCAAAGUUUCCAGUUCGGUGGUCUCCUCCUGAAGUUCUCCUGUACAGCAAGUUCAGCAGCAAAUCUGACGUGUGGUCGUUUGGCGUGCUGAUGUGGGAGGUUUACUCUCUGGGAAAGAUGCCUUACGAGAGGUUUAACAACAGCGAGACCACAGAGCACGUCAUCCAAGGCCUGCGUCUCUACCGGCCUCAGCAGGCCUCGGAGCGGGUCUACGCCAUCAUGUACAGCUGCUGGCACGAGAAGGCCGAGGAGCGCCCCACCUUCACCGCGCUGCUGGGCAGCAUCGUGGACAUCACAGACGAAGAGCCGUGACCACCCCGAGCCGCCCUCCCUUCCCGGUGCCGGUGGCUGGAACUAGCGGGCCGGGGAAACGGGACAGCACCUGGACAGCCGCUGCGCGCACAGCGCGGGCUGAGGAGCCCCGCAGAACCCCGCAAUAAACCCCUCCUAACGGC